GCCGCUAGCUGCGGGUCGUUGCGCAUCCGCCGCUUUAGGGCCUCAUUGCGCCUUAAAAACACGUGCGCGUGACGUAAUUUGUCAACGCGUCGGUGCCUUACACGACUGAGGUGUCCUAGGGCCAGCGCGAGACCCCGUCAACGCGUACAGAGGCUAACAGCCCAACGUGCGCUGUGCGAGACGGCGAAGUACUCGCCGCCGCCGCCCGCCGUCGAGGCCCCGGCGCGGCGCGAACGUUUGGAAGGCCAAGCGUCGCCGCGCCGCCGGUCCGCCAAGACACCGAUGAUGGCGCCUGUACAAAGCGAGCCGCCGCGCGAGCGUAAAAGGAUGGGCCUCUACGCCGCCGCGGGCGCCGUAUUGAUCGGGCUGGCCGUCAUGAUCGGCGCGCGGUCGUCUUCAUCUCGGUUGGACGCGCUCGAACGGCGGGCCGCGGCGACGCAGCGCGAACUGGACCGGACGAAGCAUAAGUUGGAGGAGACGACGAAAGCAUUUGAGGCCUAUCGGGAGCAGCACGCGAUCGUCGUGACGGACGAGUCAUUACAAGAAGAGGUGCGCCGCGCGCUCGACGUGGUGGCCAAAACUACGAAGGCGAGCGAAGCUAGGCAGAACGCGACCGCCGAAUUACUCGUGAGAACGGUCCACGCGGACGUCGAUCGGCAGACUGCUGCUGAUGAACAAAAAACAUCUCUGAUAAUUGAGCGGCAUAACACUGAUUGGAUACAGCGGGCACAGCAGUUCAAUUUAUCAUUGGAUACCGCGCAGAGGGAGAUGCUCGCCGCCUCACAACAAGCUACGCAGUCAUCAAUCGCGUUAAUCGCCGACGCCGCCACUUCCGCACUGAUCAAAGCCCAAAGGGCCCAGAACGCGUCUGAGAGCGCUUCCCAGAGCUCCGCCAAGGCGGCUCUAAGGUUGCAAGCGGCCGCUGAUAAAGCUGAUAAGCUCGCAUCACGUUUAGAAAAAGGUCUGUACGAAUCCAUAAACCGCACGGCCCUCAAGGCCAUUCAUCAGUUGAACGAAGAGGAAAAACGCCACGAAAUACGACUGGCCCAGUCGACCAAGGACUUGGAGACGGCGGCGCAGACGAUAACAGCUCGCGUGGCCGCUUCGGAGGCUGAGGUGAAGAGAAACGAAGAAAGAAAUGACUCUAGAUUCAUGCACCAGAACACGUUGUUGAGGGUCUGGAUUUCGGGUUUCUUCGCGUUGUUCGCCACCAUCCUCACAUUACGACAUGUGUAUGCUCAUGCGACGCAGAUGGCGCGGCCGGACGCGCAAAGGAAAGUACUAGCUAUCCUCUGGAUGGUUCCCAUCUACGCGCUGUGUAGUUGGAUGGCGAUUGUCUUGCCUAAUGCCGCUACGAAAAUACUACUCGUCAGCAGUGUUUAUGAGGCCUAUUGCGUCCACAUGUUUUUUUCAUUUUUAGUGGCGGUGCUGGGGAACGGUCAUGGCGAGGCUGCCGCUCUUGAUGAGUUACCGGCUACCUUGGAAGCUCCCUGUUCUCUAUGUGGGCGAUUACGAGUACCCGGUAGGACGUUCCUCGAACAGUGCAAGCUCGGCACGCUCCAAUUCGUGGUAGCAAAACCUGUCCUAUCUCUGCUCGACUAUUUACUAGAUGACGGCUCCGAACUCAUCGAUUAUCGAACGGCGUCCUUCUGGAUUUUAGUUUUACUGAAUGUCUCCGUGUCAGUAGCGUUGACCGCUCUACUAAAAUUCUUCCACGCCACCCAUCUCAGUCCGAGGUUAAGAGCUUAUCGGCCGUGGCCGAAGUUCCUUGCGGUGAAAGGCGUGGUGUUCAUGACGUGGUUCCAGGGCGUGGCCAUCCAAUUAGCCGUUAGGUUCGACGUCCUUGGCAGUAGUACGAACUUGUCUGAUAGAAGUGCAGCUCUCGCGUUCCAGAAUUUUCUCGUUUGUGUGGAAAUGUUCCUGGCGGCUUUGGCACAUGCCCACAUCUUCGGCGCCGACGAGUGGCAGCCUGAUUAUGUCCCCGUCCAUCUGCACGCGUCCGUCGCCGAUAACUUGGCCAUCGACGACUUCGUGAAGGACUUUCGCUCAGUGCUCCCUAAAAGAUUGAGGAGGUUGCGGCGGCCGCCGGCCGAAGCUGUCGAGGAGGGCGUCGAGGUGUCUCCCCCUCCAGUCGAGCCGUUGUCGCCGGACCCGUUGCUCAGGGCGCGCUCGUCGGGCUCCGAGGGGUAAGCAGUUGUGUUGUGGA